AUGGCGUGGCAGCCAGAAGAGUCAGGGCUUCAACAGAUUUUACAACUUUUGAAGGAGUCUCAGUCCCCCGAUACGGCGACUCAGAGAGCCGUUCAACAAAAAUUAGAAGAACUAAAUAGAUACCCAGAUUUCAAUAAUUAUCUCAUAUUCGUUCUCACAAAAUUGAAAACUGAAGAUGAUCCCACCAGAUCUUUGAGUGGUCUUAUUCUAAAAAAUAAUGUUCGAGCUCAUUUUGAGAAGUUUCCAGCUGAAGUGACAACCUUCAUAAAACAAGAAUGUUUGAACAGUAUUGGAGACCAAUCUCCGUUGAUCCGAGCUACAAUUGGUAUCCUAGUAACCACUAUUGUAGCGAAGGGUGAACUACGAAAUUGGUCUGAGUUGUUACCUACGUUAUGUCAGUGUCUAGAAUCUGAAGAUUACAAUAUCUGUGAGGGAGCUUUUGGAGCCUUGCAGAAAAUCUGUGAGGAUUCGGCUGAAUGUCUGGACAAUGAUUCUGUAAACAGACCAUUAAAUAUUCUUAUUCCGAAAUUUCUACAGUUCUUUAGGCAUCAAAGUCCUAAAAUCAGAUCCCAUGCUAUAGCGUGUGUUAAUCAGUUUAUUAUCAGCCGAACCCAGGCCUUGAUGGUCCAUAUUGAUACUUUUAUAGAGAAUUUAUUUUUUCUGGCGAGUGAUGAAGACACGGAAGUGCGUAAGAAUGUUUGUCGAGCGUUGGUUAUGUUGGUGGAAGUCAGAAUGGACAGAUUGAUGCCACACAUCAAUAACAUUAUAGAGUAUAUGUUGCUAAGGACACAAGAUAACGACGACGGCGUGGCAUUGGAAGCGUGUGAAUUCUGGUUAUCUCUAGCAGAACAGGCUGUAUGUAAAGAAGUUCUGUCCAGUCAUAUUGCCAGAUUAGUUCCAAUUCUUGUAAAGGGAAUGAAAUAUUCAGAGAUUGAUAUCAUACUGCUCAAGGGUGACGUAGAAGAGGAUGAAAUGAUUCCUGAUAAUGAAUCCGACAUUAAACCACGAUUUCAUAAAUCUAAAACACACAAUCAGAAACGAGCAGAAGAUAAUGCUGAGGAGGAUGGAGAAUCAGAAGAGGGUUAUGAUGAUGAUGAAAGUUUAUCAGAUUGGAAUCUCAGAAAAUGUUCAGCUGCAGCGUUAGAUGUGUUAGCCAAUGUGUUCCAUGAAGAUAUUUUACCAUUUCUCCUCCCAAUCCUGAAGGAGACGUUAUUCAGUAACGACUGGGAAAUACGGGAGUCGGGAAUACUGGUGCUGGGAGCGAUUGCCGAGGGAUGUAUGAAUGGAAUGAUGCCCCAUCUUCCAGAACUUGUACCAUAUCUCAUCAAUUGGUUGUCAGAUAAAAAGGCGUUAGUUCGUUCCAUCACAUGCUGGACAUUGAGUCGUUACGCUCACUGGGUCGUAGGUCAACCUCAUGAGAGAUACUUAAAACCACUGAUGACGGAGUUAUUAAAGAGAGUGUUGGACAGUAAUAAAAGAGUCCAGGAGGCUGCGUGCUCGGCGUUCGCUACCCUAGAGGAAGAGGCCUGUACCGAACUAGUACCAUAUCUAUCUUUUAUCUUAGAGACCCUGGUCUACGCUUUCGGCAAAUAUCAGCAUAAGAAUCUGUUAAUAUUGUACGAUGCUAUCGGAACUUUGGCGGAUUCAGUUGGACACCAUUUAAAUAAAGAGGAAUAUGUGAAGAUGUUGAUGCCACCGUUGAUUAAUAAAUGGAAUAUGUUGAAAGAUGAAGAUAAAGAUUUAUUUCCCCUUCUAGAGUGUUUAUCAAGCGUAGCCACAGCUCUCCAGUCAGGAUUUCUCCCAUAUUGUGAACCAGUCUACAGACGAUGUGUUUCCCUAGUUGAACAGACAUUAAACCAAAAUUAUGCUAACCUUCAGCAACCAGAGCAGUAUGACCCCCCUGAUAAAGAUUUUAUGAUAGUAGCGUUAGAUCUACUGAGUGGACUAGCAGAAGGAUUAGAAGGAAAUAUUGAAGGUCUGGUAGCUAAUAGCGCCAUACUCAAAUUACUCUUUCAGUGCAUGCAGGACAUGAUGCCAGAGGUUCGUCAGAGUUCGUUUGCGUUGCUAGGAGAUUUAACGAAGGCUUGUUUUCAACAUGUCAAGGCUUGUAUAGGUGAUUUUAUGCCGAUCUUAGGAGCCAAUUUAAACCCAGAAUUUAUUUCUGUUUGUAAUAACGCUACCUGGGCCAUUGGCGAAAUAUCUCUCAAAAUGGGAGCUGAUAUGGAGCCGUACGUGAAGUUAGUGAUCAACCCUCUAAUAGAUAUCAUCAACAGACCUAAUACACCCAAAACACUGCUCGAAAAUACAGCCAUUACGAUUGGACGGAUUGGUUUAGUAUGUCCCGCGGAAGUGGCUCCUUUGUUACAACAGUUUAUACGUCUAUGGUGUACAUCGCUACGUAACAUCAGAGACAACGAGGAAAAGGAUUCUGCAUUCCGGGGAGUUUGUCUAAUGAUUAGUGCUAAUCCAGGUGGCGUUGUUCAAGAUUUUAUAUUUUUCUGCGAUGCCGUAGCUUCCUGGGUUCAUCCUAAACAAGACCUUCGCGACAUGUUCUACAAGAUUCUACAUGGUUUCAAGAAUCAAGUAGGAGAUGAGAACUGGGGUAAAUUCUCAGAUCAAUUCCCUCAGGCUCUACGAGAACGUCUCGCAGUCAAUUACCAAGUCUGA